CAGAAGAAUAUUAGACCUCACCUUGGAGAUCAUCUCCCUGCUGAGCGGAGAGGAUUACAUCAUAGUGAAGAAGACAUCGGGGGGGACUCCCAUCAUCCAUGAGUCAGAAGGGUGGAGCAGGACCCCCGUCACAGAGCCUCCCCCCCUGAUACAUGAGCAGAAGAUCCUGGAACUCACCCACAAGAUGAUGGAGCUGCUGACUGGAGAGGUUCCUGUAAGGUGUCAGGAUGUGGCGGUCUAUUUCUCCAUGGAAGAGUGGGAGUAUGUAGAAGGACACAAGGAUCUGUACAAGGAGGCCAUGAUGGAGGCUCCCCGGCCUCUGACAUCACCAGAAAAUUAUAAUAAGAAAUCUGAGGAAAACUUCAUGUUAACACCAGAUUAUAAAGUAGAAGAUGAAGAUAUCGAGCAGCGCUCUUCAGAAGACUUCAUUACCUGUAAUGUACAUCCAGGUAUUCACAGUGCAGAUCUAUCAUAUAAUCCUCUUAAUCAUGAGGAACCGUCUACAGACCAAAUACAGAUUGUUUCCCCAAGACCAGAUAUAUCAUAUAAUCCACCUAAUCAUGAAGAACUUUCACCUGAUCAAUCACAGAUUGUUACCACAAGUACCGGGCAGAAAGAGGGUAAAAGGUUUCAAUGUGAGGAAUGUGGAAAAUGGUUUGCACAACGCUCAGGUCUUUUUACUCACAGAAGAGUUCAUACAGGAGAGAAGCCAUAUUCCUGUUCAUCAUGUGGGAAAUGCUUUAUCUAUAAAUCACAGCUUGUGAAACAUGAGAGAAUUCACACAGGAGAGAAGCCGUACUCAUGUUCAGAAUGUGGGAAAUGUUUUAUUACUAAAGACAAGGUCAAGGUACAUCAGAGAAGUCACACAGGAGAAAAACCAUUUACUUGUUUAGAAUGUAAGAAAUGUUUUACAGAUAAAUCAGGUCUUGUCAAGCAUCAGCGAUAUCAUGCAGGAGAGAAUCCAUAUACAUGUCCAGUAUGUGGAAAAUGUUUUACGAGUAGAUCAUAUCUUGUUAUACAUGAGAGAAGUCACACAGGAGAGAAGCCGUAUUCAUGUUCAGAAUGUGGGAAAUGUUUUACAGAUAAAUCACAACUUGUUAGACAUGAAAGAAUUCACACAGGAGAGAAGCCAUAUUCAUGUUCAAAAUGUGGGAAAUGUUUUAUUUCUAAAUGCAACCUCAACCUUCAUCAGAGAAGUCACACAGGAGAGAAGCCGUAUUCAUGUUCAGAAUGUGGGAAAUGUUUUACAGAUAAAUCACAUCUUGUUAGACAUGAAAGAAUUCACAGAGGAGAGAAGCCAUAUACAUGUUUAGAAUGUGGGAAAUGUAUUUCUAAAGAUAACAUCAAACUUCAUCAAAGAAUUCACACAGGAGAGAAGCCAUAUUCAUGUUCAGAAUGUGGGAAAUGUUUUACACAAAAGUCAAAUCUCAUUACACAUGAGAAAAUUCACACAGGGGAGAAGCCAUUUAUAUGUUCUGAAUGUGGGGACUGUUUUACACAAAAAUCGAAUCUCAUUAAACAUGAGAAAAUUCACACAGGGGAGAAGCUAUUUUGAUUUUCUAUACGUAGAAAAUGGUUUACAAGAAAAUCUAAUUUUGAAAGUUAUGAGAUUUCACACAGAGAAGAAACCAUAUUCUUGUCUGUUUUUUGGGAAAUGUUAUGAGGAAAAAUUUUUUUUGGAGUCAUGACAUUUUUCAAGACGAUAAGAGGGUUUAUUUUUGGGUGGAAUUAGUCUGUAUCUGACAAACACCCACAUUUUAUUUACCUGAGGUCAACAAUGACCAGAAUUCAUGGAGGAAAUGCAUUGUGGAUGUGAGAAAGAAAAGAAGAGCCUUCUUUACUGUCAGAGUAGUGAAGAAUUGUCCCCAUGGACCUUGCUUCUUCUUACUGUAUUCAUACCUCCACCCACAGCGUAGGCCAAUCCAGAGGGACAUAGUGAAAAGGAAGGACUCCCUAUUUAGACUCUUAAAUAACAUAUGUGGACAUAUCA